AGAAGAAGAGAGUGAAAACGAAGAAGACGACGGCCCUCCUCCCUCCCUCUCUCUCCCUCUCCCCCUCUUUCUCUCUCUAAAUCCGAUCAGAUCUCGCGCCUGAGCCGCCACCUCCAUCGAAUUCCGGCGACCGAUUCGCGAUCUCUCCGGUGAGGGCGACGACGAUGCAGAAGCAGAUGGAGAAAUCGUGCACCCUCCUGGUCCACUUCGACAAGGGGGCGUCGUCGCUGGCGAACGAGAUCAAGGAGGCGCUGGAGGGGAACGACGUGCCGCUCAAGGUGGACGCCCUCAAGAAGGCCAUCAUGCUCCUCCUCAACGGCGAGACCAUCCCGCAGCUCUUCAUCACCAUCAUCCGCUACGUCCUCCCCAGCGAGGACCACACCAUCCAGAAGCUCCUCCUCCUCUACCUCGAGAUCAUCGACAAGACCGACGCCCGCGGCAAGGUCCUCCCGGAGAUGAUCCUCAUCUGCCAGAACCUCCGCAACAACCUCCAGCACCCCAACGAGUACAUCCGCGGCGUCACCCUCCGCUUCCUCUGCCGCCUCAACGAGGUCGAGAUCAUCGAGCCCCUGAUCCCGUCGAUCGUCGAGAAUCUGGAGCACCGCCACCCCUUCGUCCGCCGCAAUGCGAUCCUCGCGGUCAUGUCCCUGUAUAGGCUCCCCGAUGGGCAGAACCUGCUGGAUCAGGCGCCCGAGAUCAUCGAGAAGGUGCUCUCCACCGAGCAGGACCAUUCGAGUAAGCGCAAUGCGUUCCUCAUGCUCUUCAAUUGUUCUCAGGAGAGGGCUGUGAAUUAUCUGUUUACGCACAUCGAUAGGAUUAAUGAUUGGGGGGAGCAGCUGCAGAUGGUUGUUUUGGAGUUGAUUAGGAAAGUGUGUAGAUCCAAUAAGGCUGAGAAAGGGAAGUACAUUAAGAUUAUCAUAUCGUUGCUUAAUGCCCCAUCAACUGCGGUGAUAUAUGAGUGCGCCAGUACACUCGUGUCGCUGUCCUCUGCGCCGACGGCAAGGGCCGCAGCAAGCACGUAUAGCCAGCUGCUGUUGUCGCAGAGUGAUAACAAUGUGAAGCUGAUUGUGCUUGAUAGGUUGAACGAGCUUAAGAGCUCACACAGGGAAAUUAUGGUUGAGCUGGUGAUGGAUGUACUUAGAGCACUUUCAAGUCCGAAUCUUGAUAUUCGGAGAAAGACGCUUGACAUCGCCCUCGAGUUGAUUACUCCUAGAAAUGUAGAUGAGGUCGUUUUGAUGUUGAAGAAGGAGGUUGUGAAGACUCAAAGCGGGGAGCUUGAGAAGAAUGGAGAGUACAGGCAAAUGCUCGUGCAAGCUAUCCAUACUUGUGCAAUUAAGUUCCCUGAGGUGGCAAGCACGGUCGUGCAUCUCCUAAUGGAUUUCUUGGGCGAUUCCAAUGUGGCUUCAGCUAUGGAUGUUGUUGUCUUUGUGCGUGAGAUAAUUGAGACGAAUCCCAAAUUACGGGUCUCUAUCAUUACCAGACUGUUGGACACUUUCUACCAGAUCCGUGCUGCAAGAGUUUGUUCUUGCGCUCUUUGGAUUAUUGGGGAAUAUUGUCUCUCCCUCUCAGAAGUUGAGAGUGGCAUCUCUACUAUUAAACAGUGUCUUGGAGACCUCCCAUUCUACACGGCAGCUGCUGAAGAGGGUGAGGGACAAGAUGCAUCAAAGAGUUCUCAGCCAGUGAACGUGGCAGCUACAUCUUCUAGGAGACCUGCAAUACUCGCUGAUGGGACUUAUGCUACCCAAAGUGCAGCUCUGGAAACUGCCAUGUCUCCUCCAACCCUUGUUCAGGGCUCAUUGACAUCUAUAGGAAACUUAAGAUCGCUGAUCCUUUCAGGUGAUUUUUUCCUUGGGGCGGUUGUGGCAUGUACCCUGACAAAGCUUGUAUUGAGGUUGGAGGAGGUCCAACCAUCAAAGGUGGAAGUUAACAAAGCAACCACUCAGGCCUUGUUGAUUAUGGCAUCUAUGCUACAGCUGGGUCAGUCGCCAGUUCUUCCACACCCAAUUGACAAUGACUCUCAUGACAGAGUCAUCCUUUGCAUUAGGCUGUUGUGCAACACUGGUGAUGAAAUAAGGAAGAUAUGGUUGCAAUCUUGCAGAGAAAGUUUUGUGAAGAUGCUUGCAGAAAAGCAGCUCCAAGAGACGGAGGAAAUUAAAGCAAAAGCUCAGAUAUCUCAUGCUCAACCAGAUGAUCUGAUUGACUUCUACCACUUGAAGAGCAGGAAGGGUAUGAGCCAGCUUGAAUUGGAAGAUGAGGUCCAGGAUGAUCUUAAACGUGCCACUGGAGAGUUCACAAAGGAUGGAGAUGAUGCAAAUAAACUCAAUCGCAUUCUUCAGCUCACUGGAUUCAGCGAUCCUGUCUAUGCCGAAGCAUAUGUGACGGUUCAUCAUUAUGACAUUGUGCUGGAUGUCACUGUCAUUAAUCGCACUAAGGAUACCCUUCAGAAUUUGUGCUUAGAGCUUGCAACCAUGGGUGAUCUUAAACUUGUGGAGCGCCCUCAGAAUUACACACUUGCUCCAGAGUCAAGCAAGCAGAUAAAGGCAAAUAUAAAAGUCUCUUCAACAGAAACGGGAGUAAUUUUUGGUAACAUAGUGUAUGAGACUUCGUCAAAUGUGCUUGAAAGGACAGUAGUUGUGCUGAAUGACAUUCAUAUUGACAUAAUGGACUACAUAUCUCCUGCAUACUGUGCUGAUGCUGCCUUCAGAACCAUGUGGGCUGAGUUUGAGUGGGAAAAUAAGGUUGCUAUUAAUACUGUUAUCCAGGGUGAGAAGGAGUUUUUGAACCACAUCAUCAAGUCAACUAACAUGAAGUGCCUCACUCCUCCGUCCGCACUAGAAGGCGAAUGUGGUUUCCUUGCUGCUAAUUUGUAUGCAAAGAGUGUUUUUGGUGAGGACGCUCUGGUGAAUGUGAGCGUUGAAAAGCAAGUCGAUGGAAAGCUUAGUGGAUACAUCCGGAUACGGAGUAAAACUCAAGGGAUUGCUCUGAGUCUUGGUGAUAAGAUCACUCUGAAGCAGAAGGGAGCGGCUUUGAUGGAACUACAACUGUUUAUUUGAGAGUCAUAGUAUUCCUUAUUAAAUUUCAUGCAUGUGCUUUUGUAGUUGGCAUAGCAUUCUUCUCUCCCGAUUAUUACUUUGUCAUUUUGCUCAGAGAGACUCAGAUUUUGUUUAAAAUUAUUUUCUUUCGCAACCUUUCAGAGUCGAUUUCUUUCUGAUGUGCAUCUUGAAUUUGUGCAAAUAGGUAUAGAUACAGUAUUGGUGCGCUGCCAGUAAUCAAAUGAACAGAUCAUUUCUCGAGCUAAUAUUUUGUUGGAUUGACUGCUGAUCCCA